AUGUAUGACCGAUCGCGCCCCAAGCAGCCGCGCAUCUUGGGUCAAUACUACAACUAUCAUCGAAAGCUCUCCGAUGGCCGGUUGGUAGGAUCUUUUCAGUCCAACAUCAUUUUUGCGCCCGACGCGAUCAAGUCGGGCCGAUGCGCUGCGUCGCGUGAAGUCAACGGAUUGAUAUGCACCCGCCUGUCGUGUUGGGUGAGCCCAGUAGAGACAGCCAUCGGCUCUUAG